AUGAAGAAGGCGCUCCUGUUGCUAUCGUUAUGUAUUAAACUGCUAGCUUGCCUAUUCCUCCUACCGUGUUGUAAAAAUGUAGAGGCAAAAAAUGUGAAGGUAGAUCUAGAUGGAAAGGUGUAUACCAUUCUGUACGAAUCGAAGAAAGUGAAAUUCUCAGACCUUGAUCCUCUUAAAAUUAUGUUUCACUCGAACCAUGUAAAGCAUUCCGGUAAUGCAUUAAUCCGUUAUUUAACCAAAAUGACGUCAACAGAUUUGAAUAAAAUGGAUUAUGUAGUGAGGCAUGUUGAUAUCUCUUACGAUAAACCACUAAAAUAUGAGGACCGUUACAAAAUAAUAGGAGGGAUAACGUCCUAUGGGAAUACCUCUAUACGGAUAACUAUAUUUGGGGUAAGCUCGAGCAGUAAAAAUGAAGGUAGGAGCUACUUGGGUGUUAAAAAUAUUUUGCGAAAUUGGAGGUGUGCGAAUUCGAACGAGGCGGCUAAUCAUGAGGUGGGCCAUGAAGAGGCCUGCAUCUCAAGGCCUCAGAACGAAGGGGACUUCAAAUGUGAACACAUCGACAUGGGCACAAAAAGGGAUCCAAACAAAGAGACCACCAAAAGUGACUUCCAUGUAGAGAAGCUUCUUGCAGAAUACAAGGAAGAUAAUGCCGAUGCAGUUAUCAAGCUAUGUAGGAAUAAAAUGAACGAAAUCGCAUCACAGAAAAAUUGUAUAAAUUAUUUUACUGCACAUUAUACUAUAGUUCGUGUAAAUAAACAAGGAGCUAAAGAACCUAUUCAGGAAAAAUACAAAAAUGAGUUUCCGCCAAUUGAAGUUGAAAGAUUGAUGGAGAUGAUGUCCCCACGUGCGCUGCUCUUCGCGCUGCUCUGCCUGUACCUUCACAGGUGGGCCGCGGAAGCAAUCAACCUAAAGCUUCUCAUAGAUGGAAAAACAUACACCAUGUUAUACGAAUCGAAGAAAGUGAAAUUCUCAGACCUUGAUAUUCUCAACAUCAUGUUCCAUUCGAAUCAAGUGAGGCACUGCGGCAACUCGGUCAUUUGUUAUCUUCUCAAAAUAUCUUCCACAGAUAUUGAAAAUAUGAAUUACGUGGUUCGCCACAUCGACAUUUCAUAUAACCGCCCCUUGAAGUACGAAAAUGUUUAUAAAAUCAUUGGGGGUGUGACUAGCUAUGGCGUCACCUCCAUGAAGAUCACUUUGUUUGGGGUGGGAUCGACCAUGAAAGGGGAGGAGGAAGCGAAAAGCGAAGGUGGUGAGGGAAGCAGCGCCGGAAGUAGCGCCGGAAGUAGCGACGGAAGCAGCAACGGAAGCAGCGACGUAAGCAACGACGUAAGCAGCGACGUAAGCAACGAAGGAAGUGAUGAGGAAGAUAACAUGAUGGCGAUGCUAAGGAUGAAUUUAUUACACGAUAAUACGAAGAAAAGAAAACAGAUAAGGAAGGAGAAAAGCAUCGAUAAGUUGCUAAGCCAAUUGGGGGAUGAACACCAAAACAUCACUGAAGCGAUUAACAUGAAAGACCCGUUGCUGCAAGAAAUUGCUUCCAAAAAAAAUUGCAUAAAUUACUUCUCCGUUGUUUAUACUUUGGUGAAAGUAGACGAUAAGGGGGAAAAGAGUAUCAUCGAUGAUGCCUUUAAAAAUGAACACAUGCCGAUGGAUGCCGAUCAGCUCAACGAAGCUGUUAAAGGGGUAUUUAAGAAGCUUUAA